UUUCAUCCAUGAAGAGGUUGAAUGGGUGGUAUUAUGAUCUGAGAUUGGGAAACAAACAUCACCUGUUGCCUCCUGGUGACAUGGGAUGGCCUCUCAUUGGAAAUCUCUUUCCCUUCAUCAAACAUUUCUUGUCUGCUCAUCCUGAUUCAUUCAUCAACAACUUAGUUUCCAA